AUGCCUGCCAACCUGAAGCAACGCGCUAAGCGUGCGCUGGUGACCUUGUUGCUGGCUCUGGCCGGUGCCUACGGGCUGCAGGUGACCCUCACGCGGGAGUCGACAGAUGUCGAGGUGACGCGGGUCUUCCGGCGAGUGUCCAUCAAGGUGCAUCCCGACAAGGGCGGCGCAGCCGCAGACGCGCAGCGCCUGAAUGCUGCAAGGGAUGCGUGGGUCCAGGCGAGCCAGGGCACAAAGCCGCCAGGCCGACCUGCCCAUGCGCAGGCAGGGCCAGUGUCCGCAAGCAGUGCCGUCACUAACGGGCGCGAAGGCUUGCGCAUUCGCUCCGAGGCGGUGCUCCUGACAUAUCAAAGCUGGCCGGCCGGGGAGGCGCCUGGUGCAUGGCAGCGGUUCUGCGUCUUUGUGGCCGCCUCGGUGACGGCGUGGACUGUCAAGCACUGGGCGGCGACGAUGGAGCAGACCUCUGGCGGCGACUGCCACCUGCACCUCAUGGUCCAAUUCACUUCUGCAGUGGACUGCGGCUCCGCCCGCUUCAUCUUUGAGGGUGUGCGACCCAACGCCAGCCCCAACGACUACCUCGGCGAGGGCGUCUGCCGCAAGAAGCUGCAGCAGUCCAUCAACCGCGGCAUGUUCUACGUGUGGGCUGACAAGGUGGGGACGCUGCGCUUGCCUUCCGGCGAGACUUGCGUCGCGGCCAACUACGAGCCAUGCUGGACUGAGGCUCGGCGAACCUACCAGGUCCUCGGAAAAUGGCCAGAAGCACUGUGGAAACAGCGGAAGCUGACAUCGGCCAAGUACGAGCAGUACCUUUUCCUGACGCGGGACGGGGUUCUGGCACGGAAGCGCAACCUGGAUGCAGUUCGCGAGCAUGAGGCCGCCCUGGCUGACGCCGCCCUCAUCGAGGCCACCACGAAGAGGCUUCGAGCGAACCCAGAGGUGUACCGGGCUUUCCCGGCAGUGCCCGCGGCAGAAGCAUGGUUGGCGACCUUUCGUGAAGAUCGACUACGCUAUCCACUGCUCAUCGUCCACGGGCCCUCCCAGACAGGGAAAACAGAGUGGGUGAAGUCCUUGUUCAAGCGCGCGCUGGAGCUCAAAGUGGGGAGUCUCGACAUCUUCCCAGAGGGGAUGCGCGCCUUUGACAGGGACACCCAUGAUGGCAUCAUCCUGGACGAUGUGAGGGACCUGAAGUUCAUUGCGGAGCACCAGGACAAACUUCAGGGCAAGUACGACACGCGUGUCGAAUUUGCCACGACUCCUGGCGGCACGUGCGCGUACCGGAAGUACCUCUUUGCGGUGCCUGUGGCAGUCACCAUCAACAACAGCACACGGAACCUGGACUUCCUGCGCGCGCAUGACUGGCUCGGCUCCGAGCGCAACCGCGUCCUCGUCCACUUCCCUGACAUCUUGGCACAGGCCGUGUGCGUUUUGGGUCCAAUCGUGCGCCGCAGCCUGGGCCGUGUGCGUUUUGGGUCCGAACGCGUCAGCCGCUCCGGCAGUUGGGUGGGCAUGGCGGUGCGUCCUGUGGUUCCUCACGCCUUGACCAUGCAGGAGGUCAGGCACCCACGGUCGCUCAACUUCGCGACUGAGCGCCAGGUUGUGGUGCUGCGGGAGGUGCAUGGCUGCGCGUGGGAGGACAUCCGUUCCCGGGUGCGGAACUUGCGCGGGGAGCGGCCCAGUCUGUCGCUCCUGAAGCGAGUCUACAAGGGCUUCAGCCAGGCAAAGGGGCGGCGACCGUACAAGUACCAGAACUGCGGUCGCCGACCCGUCAAAGCUACCAAGGCCGUGCAGAAGUUCCUGGUGCAGCGCUUGCUCGCCCUGCGCAUGCACUGUGUCUGCACCUCUGGCACCUUGCAGCGAGAACUGCUCGCGAAGCGGGGUGUGCAGCUGGAUGAGUCGGCCAUCCGCAAGGCACUGCGUCGCCAGGGAUACUUCUGGCUUCCGAAAGCGCAGAAGCGCAAGUACAGUGCAGAACGCCGGCAGGAGCGCCUCCGCUUUGCACGGAGCGUGGUGCAGCUCAGUCGGGCCCGCCUGCGAGAGAAGCUUUCCUUCUCCAUGGAUGGGGUCCUGCUGUCGCUACCGCCACGGGAUCCCACGGACCGCCGCAAUUAUUGCGCCCACGGGGAUGGCUACAUGUGGCGGCAGCGCGGGGAGGCUGGAAUGGAGCGGCUGGCUGGACAGAACCCGUACCCGUCACAGGUGCCACGUGCUCGAGCCGUGCCACUCUGGGGUGGGCUGUCAGAAGGGGGCUUCCGCACAGUCGCCUUCCACAAAGCACGCAAGUUCACUGCAGAGGAGUGGUGCCGCGUGGUCCAGACCGGGAAGCUCCAGGCCGCCAUAACAGCGCUGCAGCCAGUGCAGCGACACGGCCCCUGGAAGGUCUUGUGCGACAAUGAGGCCUUCCUGCACACGGCCGCCAGCAGGCAUGCCAUGGCGGCCAAAAACAUCACGCUCUGGCCGGUCCCGGCAUCAUCGCCGGACCUGAACCCUGUGGAGAAGUUCUGGGCGUGGCUGCGAAGGCGCCUCCGCCACCUGGAUCGGGAAGACCUCCGCCGCAAGCGCCCGCCCAUCGGCAUGCUGGCCUUCAAGGCGCGAGUCCGCGCGGUUUUGGCCUCACAGCGUGCCCAAAGGGUGGCCUCGCACAUAGCCGCGGGCUUCAAAAAGACCUGCAAGGAGGUCGUGUCGAAGAAGGGCGGCAUGGCCAGAUCCUAG